UUGGUCAUGUUGUUAUUUUCACUCAUUCAGCAAAAUAAAUAUUUCGUCCGAAGCUUAUAAUUAAGCAUGGUUAUAUAUAUGAUCUGUGUAUCCAUUAGUGCAUAAGAUUCUGCAUGCCGUGCAAGCUGGUAGGUUAGGUUUCCUCCUUUCAAUUCUCAAACUUACGCGGCACUCAGAACUUAUUAUCAAACAACUCCACUGCAUGCCCAUAACACACUCACUCCACCACGAUGUCAUAUAAAUACCCCAUUCAAGUUCGAAGCUGAAAUUGAUCUAACCCUCACACAUAAGACAUUAACAAUGUUAAUUUUAAGGUUGGCAAUUUUUGUGGCCUCCCUUGUAGUAGUCGUCCAAUCCCAUGUUCCAAACAUAUGGGAAGCCAAGCCCUUCCACCACAUGUUGUCUUUGGUUCAGCCAGACCCUGUUGUCCUCAACUACCACAGGGGUCCACUCCUUAAGGGAAACGUCACCGUUCAUAUCAACUGGUACGGCAACUUCACACCCAUUCACCGUUCCAUCAUCGUUGAUUUCAUCCAAUCCCUUGGUUCCAUUCCCCACUCUCGUCACCACCCAUCACCCUUUUCGUGGUGGCGAAUCACCGCGAGGUACAGAGGAGGCCCCCGCACCCUCACCGUAGGGAAUCAAACCCUCGACAACACCUACUCCCUCGGUAAAUCACUUAAAACAAGCCACCUCCUCGCACUCGCUUCCAAAAAUUCAGCACCAACAACUCGCAGUAACGCUAACGCCAUCCACGUGCUGCUAACCUCUGCUGACGUGGCGGUGGAUGGUUUCUGCAUGAGCCGAUGUGGGACCCACGGGUCGGGUCGGGUUGCAAAGAGAAGGAUCGCGUUCGCGUGGGUGGGUAACCCGGUUACGCAGUGUCCUGGGGAGUGCGCGUGGCCGUUCCAUCAGCCGGUGUACGGACCGCAGACGCCGCCGCUGGUUCCGCCGAACGGCGACGUUGGCGUGGACGGGAUGCUGAUAAGUUUGGCGACGGUGCUCGCCGGAGCGGUGACGAACCCGUUCGGGAACGGGUACUACCAAGGGUCGGUGACGGCGCCGCUGGAGGCGGUGUCGGCUUGCGCCGGAAUAUUCGGAAAAGGGGCGUAUCCGGGUUACACGGGUAACGUUUUGGUGGAUAACGUAACGGGAGCUAGCUACAACGCGUUGGGUUUGCACGGUCGCAAGUUUCUGUUACCGGCGAUGUGGGACCCCGUCACGUCUACAUGCAAAACGCUCGUUUGAUAUUUAUCUUGCCUUCAACAUGCUUUCUUGAGGAGGAUAUUGAUUUAUUCUACAUAUUUCAUAUUUAAUAUUGUUAUUAUGUACACAAGAUAAAUAAAAAUUACAAUUGGUUUAGGAUUCGUUAUACUAGUUGUGUUUUUCUCUCUUUGAUAAGGCAAUGUCUUGUUGCGCAUCAACAUGCUUGAAGGGCUUUUUGUUUGGUGAGAUGUCUGUAAUACUAAUUCAACUUUGCUAGCUUUUGUCUU